UAUAACUCAAUUUCCACGCCCGAGGCGUAAAAAGUGCUAUAUAAAAAAAACAUGAAGAAAGGUCUCUGUCAAGAAAUAAAUGAAAAGUCUAUUUCGCGUGAAGCGUGAAAUUUAUAUCGGAAAUGCAUACGAAGUAUGGUUUAUAUCGAGAAAAUAAGAAGAACGGUUCAAGUCGCAUACAAUUAGAAGGGUCUACAUAGCGCAAUAUUCACUAUUCAUAAAUUACAUGAAUUUAGUUACGGAAAAUUAAAUAAUAUAUGAAUAAAUGAGUGCGAGAAACAGGAUUGAAAAUCAAGAUGAUUUCCGUUCUCAGUUAUAUCACUAUAAAAUUUAGAGAGAAGAAAAUAUAUUGCGCUAUAUAAUCUCUUCUUUAAUUUCAUGCGACUUGAACCGGCUCGAACCGUUCUUCUCAUUUACUCGAUAUAAAGCGUACUUCGUAUGCGUCCCGACAUUGACCGAUCUUCAUGCCUUAUGCGAAAUAGAUUGCUUUUCAUUCAUUUCUUGACAUAAACCUUUCUCCAUGUUUUUCUCGAUAUAGCAUCUCCUAUGGCUCAGGCGUCGAUUUACAGAGAUACAUAAAAAUGACAACAGAUAGCGAGAAGGCAGCAAGAAACUCUACCAAUAUGAAUAUAUUUCGAGAAACGACAGAAGGUACCACAGAAGGAACGAAUACAACAUCAGAUAAAACGGUAGCGAGUACCACAGAUGUGACGAACGCGGAAACAAAAACUUCUGUUAAUAUGAAUAUGUUUCAAUUUGGAGACAUUAAAAUGACAGCGAAUGCUGCUGAAACGACAUAUGUAACAGCAAACAGCUCUACGAAUAUGAAUGUGAUUCGAUUUGAAGACACCAAAACAGCAGCAGAUGCCAUAGAAGCAACGAACACGGCAGAGGCCAAAGCGGUAGCGAAUGCCACAAAGAAGACGAACGCGGCAGUAAGAAACUUUGUUGGUGAUAUUUCGAAAGGAUAUAUAGAAACAUUUCAAUUUGGAAAGGCCAAAACUGUAGCGAGUGCUGCAGAGAUGACGAACUCGACAAGAAACUUUACCGAUAUCAAUCAAUUUGAAGGUACCAAAAUGGCGGGUGUCACAGAGGAGAUAAAUCCAACAAAAUUUGUUGAUGUACAUAUGUUAUGGAGAGAGACUGAAUUGUAUCGAAGGGAAAAAGAACUUGCUGAGCGAGAGUUAAUGUUAGCUCGAAGAGAAAUUGAGUUGCUUCGACAAGCUUUGAUUGAUAUGGCUACUCGCUCACAAAAAAUAUGUUGCUGUUUAGAGAAGAUGUCGUUGCAAGAUGAAGACGAUGAAUCUGUUUCAGUGUCCGGACGAGAUAGUCGCAGUAAGCAGCGUCUGGAACAUAAAGAUCAAGGCUUGGUCUUUAUUAAUCCUGACAACAUUGUUUAAAUUGUGGUCAGCUUGAUCAUUCGGCUACUGUCUGACAAAAUACAAUAGUAUUGAAAUAUUUUAAGUUUUAAGUUUUAAGUUUCAGCGAGGGAAGACAUGUUGCCUCGGAAUAAGCUGUUGCUUAAGACAAAUGAAGAAAAAGGAAAUAGUUAGAAAUGUGAGAGUAAUCAUUCCAGCUUUUUCGUGAGACGAUCAGAACCUUUUGUAUUAUCGUCAUCAACAUUUAUUUUAGUAAUUGUCCCUACUUGUUUCUCUAAA